ACAAAGCAAUCGCGAUUUAAGACAAUAGCAUCCAUACUUUUUGCAUUUAUUAGGUACUUAAUUUCGAGAUUAUUUGCACGCUGUAUCGCACGCUCAUUCGAAGUUAAGUCUCGGGUCAGAUCUUACUUGAUGCUUGUUGAUUAUUGCAACAUUUAAUUUGCUUGGACAAGAUAACACAAUAUUUUAUCAGUAAUACCAGUGCCAUUCUAAAAGGAAAAUCGCUAGCGAAUUGAAUAAGAAAAUAUGGAAAUUCAAAUUAUAUUUCUUCUAGUCACAGGUCGGUGCAAUAAUGAGUGAAAAUGGAUCUGCACAAAGUAUUGAUCUUGAAAACUGGAUGAGAGAUCUGCCAGAACAAUUAAAGUACAUUCCACUUAUUUAUUUAGCCAUACCAGGCAGUCAUGAUUCAAUGACAUAUGGGAUAACGAGAAACAGUAGCCUAGCGCCUGACGCAGAGCCCAUACUAAAGAAACUGUACCCAUUAUUCAAAGGUACGAUUUUACGAUGGACAAUAACACAGGCCUUUGAUGCCUUACAGCAACUUCUCAUUGGCAUUAGGUACUUAGAUCUGAGACUAGCAACCAAAACGGGUGUAGACCAAUUCUUUUUCACUCAUGGGAUGUAUGCAGAUGAGAUAUCUAAACCACUUCAACAAGUCAAGGACUUUGUUGAUCAGCAUCCUCAUGAAGUGGUUAUACUAGAUUUCCAACAUUUCUAUGGAUUCACCUCUGAAGACCACCAGAAGCUCAUUAGAUAUGUGCUCAACUUAUUUGGCCCUCAACUCGUUCCAAGGCAGCCUGAUUUAAAUGGCGUCACACUCAACUCUCUGUAUAGAUUACGACAACAGGUAAUAGUUGUGUACCGACACCCGUCAGUACUUUCGACUGGGGAGUUCUGGCAACCGCAAAUGCUGCCGUCACCCUGGCCUCAGCAGGACAGCAUCCGGGGUCUGCUGGACUUCCUCAAGAACGUCAAGCGUCAUCCUGGCAUGGGAUUUGUGCAUCAAGCCGUUUUAACGCCUACGCCUGGGUUUAUUAUAUUUAGAUGGAUAUCCAAUCUACGUGAGCGAUGUGCUAAGCCCGUCAAGAACGAGAUUUAUCCGAAACUAGCGGAGUUCACUCCGGGAAGGCCUGCAGACCAAAACGGACCCACUCCAGUCAAUGUCAUCAUUGCCGAUUUUGUUGAAAUGGACAACUCCAUAUUCUCCAAAUCAGUCAUUCAACUUAAUAUGAAAUUAAUAAGAAAUUCAGAUUCCAUAACACAUAGCUACGGGUAAGAGUAAUGACUAAUGACGAAAUCUCAUUAGUAUUAAUUUUUCUUUAUUUGUUAAGUUUGUUCCCAUACGAAACA